AUGGAAGAACAUAAGGCGGCAUUAAAUAAUUUGGUAGAUGGUGUGAAUGGGUUGAGAGUUGAGAACGGUCCGAAGUUUACAACUAAACUUCGUUUUUAUCUUAACGGCACAAGUGCCUGUACUUUAAUGAUCUCUUCCUAUGACAAAAGUUCCAAUAAAAUUACGCAUUGCUCAGUUAACGCGUGUUUGGCACCAUUAUGCUCCGUUGAUGGUAAACAUGUUAUUACAAUUGAAGGAAUUGGAAACGUUGAAAAUCCUCAUCCUGUUCAGUGUGGGUUUUGUACUCCAGGAAUAGCAAUGUCACUUUAUUCUUUGUUGCGUAAUAAUCCUAAUCCAUCCGAGAAAGAAAUUGAAGAGUGUUUUGACGAUUGUUGUAAAUUAAACAAUACUGAAAAUGAUACUACUUUCGAUCUUAAAUUUCCACAAUCAACAUGGUUCAGGCCCGUUAACUUGAGUCAACUAUUAUACUUGAAAUCAAAGUAUCCGUAUGCAAAAUUGAUAUCAGGUAACACUGAAGUUGGAAUAGAGAUAAAGUUUAAAAAAUUAAGAUAUGAUGUUCAAAUUUUUGUGGGUGAUAUACCGGAGUUGAAAACCUGGGAAUUCAAGGAUGAUGGAUUAUUGAUCGGCGCAAAUAUAAGUCUUUCGACACUUCAAGAAAUUUUACAAGAUGCACUCAAACGUUACGAGCCUUAUCAAACACAAAUAUUUAAGGCACUUUUGGAAAAUCUUCGCUGGUUUGCUGGCAAUCAAAUCCGUAACGUAGCAACGCCGGCGGGAAAUAUUGUUACGGGUUCUCCGAUUUCUGAUCUGAAUCCCAUUUUCCUUUCAUCAAAAACACUAUUUAUUCUUUCUUCUUUAGAACCAUCAUCCAUGGUAGCAACAGAUCGAACUGUUUUAUCUGAAUCAUUUUGGACAGGAUAUAGGCAAAAUUGUUGUAAAGAAACGGAACUUUUAAAAAAAAUCUUUAUUCCCUUCACAAAGCAAGGACAAUAUAUUAGAGCUUACAAACAGGCUAAAAGACGUGAUGAUGAUAUUGCUAUUGUCAAUGCUGGGUUGUCUGUAUUAUUGGAUGAUGAUAACAGUGUGAAAGAGGCUUCAUUUGCCUUUGGGGGAAUGAGUUGGGUUACUGUUAGAGCACCUGAAUCUGAGAAUUUUGUUUUGGGCAAAAAGUGGGGUGACCAAAAUGUUUUAAAAGGUCUUCUUGAAAAGUCGUGUGAGUUUUGGUACGAUGUUUCAAAAUCUGCUAAUAUAAUAGUGGAUGAUUGUGAUGGUGGGAUUGAAAAUUUUGUUGGAAUAAUUGAACGUGAUAUUUCAAAAGGCAAGAAAAUUGUUGGCAAACAAGUUCCUCAUGUAUCAGCUAUGAAACAGGUUACUGGUGAAGCGAAGUAUACUGAUGAUAUACCAAAGGUUCAUGGCGAAUUAUAUGGAGCAUUGGUUUUGUCACAAAAGGCUCAUGCAAAAAUAUUAGGAAUUGAUGCAACUGAAGCAUUGGCUCAACCUGGAGUAAAAGGUUUCUUUUCGGCAAAGGAUGUGCCAGGAAAUAAUAUUUGGGGACCCGUGUUACGUGACGAAGAGGUUUUCGCCAGUGAAGAAGUUAAUUUAGUAGCUGAAACACAAGCAAUUGCACAAGAAGCAGUGGUAAGAGGUGAUGUAGAAAAAGGUUUGGAGGGUGCUGACUUUGUUUUUGAAGGUAUGAUGUAUCAAAUGACCAUUUAUUAUUCAAUAAAAAAUCUUAUAUUAACUUAUACUAUUACGCAGGUGAAACAAGAAUUGGUGGCCAAGGACAAUGAAUUCGAAAUUCAUUCAUCAACUCAAAAUCCUACCGAGACACAACUUGAAGUUGCCUCAGCACUUGGUAUUGAUGCAAAUAAAAUUGUAUGUCGAGUAAAAAGGCUUGGCGGAGGUUUUGGUGGAAAGGAAACGAGAAGUAUUCCUUUAUCACUAGCACUAGCAGUUGGCGCAUGGCAUCUUAAAAAACCUAUUAGAUGUAUGUUAGAUCGUGAUGAAGAUAUCAUCAUAUCGGGACAAAGACAUCCUUUCUUAGGGCGGUGGAAAGUUGGGGUGACUAAGGAUGGAAAAUUACUAGCAAUGGACGUACAGGUCUACAAUAAUGGUGGUUGGUCAGCAGACCUUUCUUUAGCUGUACUUGAGCGCGGCAUGACACAUUUAGAUAACUGUUAUUAUGUACCAAAUGUACGAAUAACUGGACAUGUUUGCAAGACCAACAUUCAUUCAAACACAGCCUUUAGAGGAUUUGGAGGUCCUCAGGGGAUGAUGAUUACCGAAAAUAUGAUGAGUGAGGUUGCCGAUCGUAUGGGUAUUGAUGUUAAUGAUUUUCGGGAAAAAAACUUAUACGUAGAAGGCCAAAAAACGCACUUCAACCAAAUACUAAAGGAUUGGAAUAUACCUUUGAUUUAUCGUCAAGUUAAAAACGAUAGCGAAUUUGUUAAGCGAAGAGAAGAAAUUAACAAAUUUAAUUCUGAGAAUAAAUGGCGGAAAAGAGGAUUAGCGUUGAUACCAACCAAAUUUGGAAUUUCGUACACAGCACUGCAUCUUAACCAGGCAGGUGCUCUGGUGCACAUUUAUCAUGAUGGAAGCGUUCUUAUAAGCGGAGUUGAGAUGGGGCAAGGUCUUCACACCAAAAUGUUGCAAAUUGCUGCUGAAACUUUGGAUGUUCCAUUGGAAACUGUCGGCAAUACUUCAGCAACGGCAGCUAGUGUUAGUAGCGACAUUAACGGAUAUGCUGUAUCAAAUGCUUGUAAAACUUUGGUCGAAAGAUUAAAACCAUAUCGGGAGAAAAUGCCUAAUAAAAGUUUUAAGGAGAUCGUGCAUGCUGCAUAUUUCGAUCGAGUAAAUUUGUCCGCUAAUGGAUAUUACAAAACUCCCGAUAUCGGUUAUAAUUGGGAUAAAAACGAAGGACAAAUGUUUUUUUAUUUUACAAUGGGUGUAGCAUGUACAGAAGUCGAGAUUGAUGUAUUAACAGGCGAUCAUACAAUUUUGAGAACGGAUUUAUGUAUGGAUAUUGGUAGAAGCAUAAACUAUGCGAUAGAUGUAGGACAAAUUGAAGGUGCUUUUGUGCAAG